GGAAGCAGAUGUCUUGGAGUGAAGGCUGUUCCUCGCCGCGCAGAACCCUGGAAGAAGAGGAAGAGGAAAGCAGAGGAGUCAGGGAUGGCUCUUCCUCAGGGACAGUUGACAUUCAAGGAUGUGGCCAUAGAAUUCUCUCAGGAGGAGUGGACAUACCUGGACCCUGCUCAGAAGACUUUGUACAGGGACGUCAUGUUGGAGAACUACAGGAACCUGGUCUCACUGGAUAUCUCUUGUAAAUGUGUAAACAAGGAUCUGCCACCAAAGGGGAAGAACAGUAUGGGAGAAGCAUUCCACAUGGUAAAGCUGGAGCGACUUGAAAGCUGUGAUGAAGCCCUGUCCUUCGAGGAAGUUCAGAAAAAUACAUAUGACUUUGAGUGGCAGUGGAAAGAUGAUGAAGGAAAUUAUAAAAGAGUACUUACGUUGCAAAAAGAAAAUCUCCCUGGUAGAAGAGAUCAACAUGAUAGAAGGGCUGCAGGAAACAAGCUUAUUGAAAAUCAGCUUGGAGUAAGUUUUCAGUCACAUCUGCCUGAACUGCAGCAAUUUCAAGGUGAAGGGAAAAUUUAUGAAUACAAUCAAGUUGAGAAGUCUCUUAAUAAUCGGAGAAAACAUUAUAAAUGUGAUGAAUGUGGCAAGGUCUUCAAUCAAAACUCACGGCUAACAAGUCAUAAGAGAAUUCAUACUGGAGAGAAGCCUUACCAGUGUAAUGAGUGUGGCAAAGCCUUUACUGUUCGUUCAAACCUAACUAUCCAUCAGGUAAUCCAUACUGGAGAAAAACCUUACAAAUGUCAUGAAUGUGGAAAGGUCUUCAGUCAACCUUCAAACCUUGCAGGUCAUCGGAGAAUUCAUACUGGAGAGAAACCUUACAAGUGUAAUGAGUGUGGCAAAGCCUUUAGAGCACAUUCAAAACUAACUACACAUCAGGUUAUCCAUACUGGAGAAAAACCUUACAAAUGUAAGGAAUGUGGCAAGUGCUUCACUCAAAAUUCACACCUUGCAAGUCAUCGAAGAAUUCAUACUGGGGAGAAACCUUACAAGUGUAAUGAGUGUGGCAAAGCCUUUAGUGUUCGCUCAAGCCUAACUACCCAUCAGACAAUCCACACUGGAGAAAAACCUUACAAAUGUAAUGAGUGUGGCAAGGUCUUCAGGCACAAUUCAUACCUUGCAAAGCAUCGGCGAAUUCAUACUGGUGAGAAACCUUACAAGUGUAAUAAGUGUGGAAAAGCCUUCAGUAUGCAUUCAAACUUAACUAAGCAUCAGAUCAUCCAUACCGGAGAAAAACCUUUCAAAUGUAAUGAAUGCGUCAAGGUUUUCACUCAGUAUUCACACUUAGCAAAUCAUCAAAGAAUUCAUACUGGAGAGAAACCUUACAGGUGUGAUGAGUGCGGCAAAGCCUUUAGUGUGCGAUCAAGCCUAACUACCCAUCAGGCAAUUCAUACUGGAGAAAAGCCUUACAAAUGUAAUGACUGUGGUAAGGUCUUCACACAAAAUUCACACCUUGCAAGUCAUCGGGGAAUUCAUUCUGGAGCAAAACCUUACAAGUGUGGUGAAUGUGGUAAAGCCUUCAGUCAAACAUCACAACUUGCAAGGCACUGGAGAGUUCAUACUGGAGAAAAACCUUACAAGUGUAAUGAGUGUGGCAAAGCCUUUAGUGUUCAUUCAAGCCUAACUAUCCAUCAGACAAUACAUACUGGACAAAAACCGUACAAAUGUAAUGAUUGCGGCAAGGUCUUCAGGCACAGUUCAUACCUUGCAGUUCAUCAGAGAAUUCACACUGGUGAGAAACCUUACAAGUGUAAUGAGUGUGGCAAAGCAUUUAGUGUACAUUCAAACCUAGCUACCCAUCAGGUCAUCCACACUGGAGAAAAACCUUACAAAUGUAAUGAAUGUGGCAAGGUCUUCACUCAAAAUUCACAUCUUGCAAAUCAUAGAAGAAUUCACACUGGAGAAAAACCUUACAGGUGUAAUGAGUGUGGGAAAGCCUUUAGUGUUCGCUCAACCCUAACUACCCAUAUGGCAAUCCAUACUGGAGACAAACCUUACAAAUGUAAUGAAUGUGGCAAAGUCUUCACUCAAAAUUCAAACCUUGCAAAACAUCGAAGAAUUCACAGUGGAUAGAAACCUUACAAAGGACGCCAGGUGUGGUGGCUUAUGCCUGUAAUCCCAGCAGUUUGAGAAGCCGAGGAGGGCAGAUCACCUGAGGUCGCGAGUUCAAGACCAGGCUGGCCAACAUGGUGAAAUGCUGUCUUUACUAAAAACACAAAAAUUAGCUGGGCAUGGUGGUGCAUGCCUGUAAUCCCUGCUACUCGGGAGGAUGAGGUAGGAGAAUUGCUUGAACCUGGGAGGUGGAGGUUACAGUGAGCGAGAUCAUGCCAUUGCACUCCAGCUUGGGCAACAAGAGUGAAAC